CGGCAGAAUCAUCAGCCGUUCAAUCGCAUUUAGCGAGCGCCGACUGAGGUGCAGAGCACUGGACCAAGCGCUGGGAAUGGGCCAUCGGGCAGCAGAGACCGAUAAUAACGUUGGUGCCCGGGGGAGCAGCAACGCUCGGGGGAAAUCAUCACAAUCGUCCGCAUCACGAUGGCAUUUGGCCCGCUGCUCCCGAAAGCCUACGUGGGGGGCCACGUGGCCAUCCGCCUGGCCCUGGGCGGCUGCACCAACCGGCCCUUCUACCGCAUCGUGGCCGCCCACAACAAGCGGGCCCGCGACGGCAAGUACCUGGAGCAGCUGGGCUCCUACGACCCUCUGCCCAACGGCAACGGCGAGAAGCUGGUGGGCCUCAAUCUGGAGAGGAUCCGCCACUGGAUCGGCAGCGGCGCCCACCUCACCAAGCCCGUGGAGAAGCUCCUGGGUCUCUCUGGAUUUUUCCCACUGCAUCCCAUGACCAUCACAAAUGCCGAAAGGCUACGAAGGGCGAGGGCGCUCGAAGCCGCUUCGGCCUCCGAGAAAGCCGGUCCAGAAGCGGAAGGGCAGGAGGUGACGGAAAACUAACCUGUGGAAGCGUCAACCUGGAUCGUGGAAGUCGUUCUGUACUUCACGUGCUGAGACUUCACCCUGUUUCCCAGACCAAUAAAGGACUUUUUCAACGUCA